CUUUAUGUCUCCAAGUUGAUGGGGUUCAGAGCUAAGAUGGUGGUCUAAACAAGCAUGGGGGACUGGAAUUUCCUUGGAGGCAUUUUGGAGGAAGUUCAAAUCCACUCCACCAUGAUUGGAAAGAUCUGACUCACCACCCUGUUCACAUUUCGUAUGCUUGUUCUGGGUGUAGCAGCUGAAAAUGUCUGGAAUGAUGAGCAGUCUGGCUUCAUCUGUAAUACAGAACCUGGCUGCAGAAAUAUAUGCUAUGUGGCUUUUCCUAUCUCCCUCAUUAGAUACUAGGUUCAGCAGGUGAUUUUUUGUGUGUCAUCACUAUCUCUGGUCUACAUGGGCCUUGCUUUGUACCCACUUAGAGUUCUGGAGAAAGAGAGGCAGAUGGAGAAAGUUCAACUGAGAGGAGAACUGGAGGGGGUACAGUUUGAAAUGUCUCGGGAUCAGAGGAGAUAGAAACAAGAACUUUGUCAACUGGAACAAAGGAAACUUAAUAAAGCUUCACUCAGAGUAAUCUUGCUUUGCACAUACGUGAUACACAUUUAUGUUUGGUCUGUAGUUGCAGUUGGUUUCAUGAUUGGGCAAUAUCUUUUAUAUGGAUUUCAUUUGGAACCUCUAUUUAAAUGCCAUGGCUAUACAUGUCCAAAUAUAAUUGACUGUUUUGUCUCAAGGCCAACAGAAAAGACAAUAUUCCUAUUAUAUAUGUAAUUCAUAGCUACCGUUUCACUUUUCUUAAAUGCCUUAGAAAUUUUCUACCUAGGCUUUAAAAAGAUUAAAAGGGGGCUUUGGGAACAAUAUAAAUUGAAGGAUGAGCAUAAUGAAUUCUAUUCAAACAGGUCAAAAUGAAAUCUUGCCAAAUAUCAGAGCACAUCUGCAAACUCACUGAAGCAACUCUCUUCUGCACCUGAUUAUAAUCUGAUAGUGGAAAAGUAAACACACAACGGUGUAUCCUGUUUAAAUUCUUUUGCAUUUCAGGCAGAUCCUAACAAUCAAGAUGAAAUGAGAUAUGAUGAGAAAUGCAUUUUGGCUGAAUAGGAAACUGUACCUUCUAAUGAGAGGUGCAUACUUCAUACUACCUGUAGACAUGUUCAAUGCAUCAGCUCAAGUAGUAAUGAAAAUAACCAUAAAAUACCUGGAAAGGGAAUUAAUGAAAAUUUAAGGAAAAAAAGAGAAAUAAAUGGCACAGACAGUAAAAGAAACCAGUACCCUACAGAUCUCUGUAUUAUUCCAGGUGGUGCUAUAGAUUUAGACAACCACAUGGGUCAGUCACCCCAAACAGCUUUCUCUCUGCGCUGCUUUGGGGAACCAAGGUGAUUUCCUGCUACAUGGGGUCCCUCUACAGAAGAUGAAAAUUGGGUGUCACUUCAGUCACCUCCUAAAGGUAGCCUCAAGGGCCAGUUCACAGAAGGCACAAUCAGAACCCUUUCUCCUUUGCAAGAAGAAUUCUAAUCACUUGACAUUCCAGAGACACCUAAUUCUUUGGGAGAGUUGUCCUUGGGAUCUGAGUUGACCAGAACCUGCAAUAAUCCUAAGGCUUGUCCUCCAAAUCAAUUAGUGAUGCUGACAAACAACCUGGUUAGUAGGCAGGCUCUCGCAGACCUUGGGUUCCGAACAGCUGUUGGCUUUUAGACAUCCUUCAUAUUCCAUUAUCAUGGAAGUAGCCUAGUGAUAGUAGAGCACAGAUAAAACAGGUUAAGGACAGCUCUAAAGACCAGGUCUUAAGACGGGCAAAUGCAAAUCUAUUUUAAAAAGGGAAAGGGAAGCCCUGGCUGGU